AUAGAAGCAGAUAUGGUGCACCUUACGAACAACACGCACAGUAGACACAGCUAAAACUGCAGUGACAACGGAUAGCUGAGGAUGUCAAAAGCGGCAGAAAGUUCACAGGAUUGCACAGGAUUCUAUGUGGGUCUGUCAUUAACGUCUAUAGCGCUGAUAAUAUCUGUAUGUUUAAACAUAAUUCUCUAUACAUUGAGAAGAAAAGACAGAAAGAACAGAGAUGUUGUGGUGCCAUUGUACCAAGAUUAUUUUCCCAGUGACAGGUUUGAAGAGGAAGAAGAGCAAAAUAAAGACAAUCCUAUAUAUGGAAACAUCUUGGUAGAUGGCGGAGUAUCCAUGCCAAUGGUUGAAUAUCAGAACCAUGAACAAAUGACGAAAAAAGUUGAGAGACAAGAUGAAAAGUCUGACCCAGAAGAUGUUUCAUAUGCCUCCUUGGAUUUAAGACUUGCUCAGAAGCGUAAGAAAAAGAAGAGAUACCAGGAGAGACAGAAUCAGAUGCACAAGGUCCAGACUCAUCCUCCUCCUGUGGCGCAGAUGAGACACACGGAGAUGGGAGCAGACUGUGAUGUCGCCCUUCCUUCACGGACCAGCAGCCUGAUUGUGUCCCGCAGCAGUAUCUACCUCAACAGCCAUCAAGUAGCACUGGAGACGGAGGAGCUGCAGAGAGAGAGAGAACGAGAGAGGGAGAGACACACAGAAUGGAAAAGCAAUCAUGAGCGAGAUGAUGAAGAAACUUCAUGGUAACACUGAUCAUAAUCUGAGCCAAUCAGAGUCAAGUCACGAUCAAGGCAGCUAAAGACCGAAGUUGUAUGUCUUAUAUUCAGAAUUACAAAGUCGGCUAAAUUUGGUACAACUCAUUUUUACCGUAAAUAUUGUAAGAUCAGUGGUCAAAUUAGGUGAAGACAAAUGUCACUGCCUAUAAGUGAGUAAAACUAUGAACUUUCAGGCCGCUGCAUGUACCUUGAGCUCUGUAAUCAGAUUACGCAAUAUUCUGCAGCAGCAGGCAACAGAAGGAUAUUGAGCAACACUGUUUUAUAUGUUGUGGAAAACACCUUCAAAUGUUUUCCAUAAUGAAACUGAUGGCAAAAAAAAAAGUUAAAUAAUUUUCUAUGUCUGCGGAAAAAUACAUUGUACCUGAUAAGUUCUGAGCUAAAUUUGAAAUCGGGUGUUCACAAUCAGGAUAAAAGCAGCUUCAAAAACAGAUGUAAAGAAUGUGGAACAAGAAAGUUAUUUAUAAUAGAUCAUACCUACUUUUACAUUUAACUCACUAUGCAAGCUUGUCUCUAUAUGCAUGUUGGAAAUUCAUGAUUUGUUCAUGAUGAUAAAUGAUACAAGUUUAAU